AUGCAGGGGGAGGAGAAACCAGAAACGGGUUACAAAUUACUUGGCCGACUUAACUUCAAGUCCAUUCAACAAAAGGGUGGUUUCAGAGCUUCGGGUUUCGUCUUUGGAUUGGUGGCAUUGGAGAACAUGGGUUUCAUAUCGAACGUACUGAUAAUGUUCUCAUACUUCAUGGCGGAUUUGAGUUUUAACAUCCCCGGGGCUGCCAACACUGUCACGAACUUCAUGGGCUCAACUUUCAUUCUCUCAAUCAUCGGUGCUUUCAUAUCCGACACUUUCAUCUCCAGAUUCCAAACUUGUCUCAUUUUUGGAGUUGUCGAAAUAGUGGCUUUCAUGAUGAUGACAAUUCAAGCACAUGACCGUGGUCUACAUCCAGAACCUUGUGGUGGUAAGUCGAGUUGCAUGAAAGGAGGGAUAGGAGUAAUGUUCUACACUUCGCUAGCAUUGUUAGCAUUAGGUUCGGGUGGUGUUAGAGGAGCUCUUGCGGCUUUCGGUGCAGACCAGUUUGACACCAAGAAACCAAAAGAACUGAAGGCCCAAGCGAGCUAUUUCAACUGGCUUGUGCUCAGCACCACCUUGGGUGCCGCCAUUGGUGUGGUCGGGUUUGUGUGGGUUAGCACCAAUCAUGGAUGGUGGUGGGGCUUCUUUUUAGCUACCCUGGGUAGUUUCUUGGGUUUCACUUUAUUUUUCCUGGGGAAACCAUUCUACCGCAUUCAUGUUCCAAAAGACAGCCCCCUUCUUAGUAUUGUCCAGGUGAUUGUAGCAGCUGUAAACCACAGAAAGUUAAAACUACCCGAGAAUCCUGAAGAAUUACAUGAGAGUAGCACAAAUAACGGUUUGAGGGAGCAAAAACUCACUCGAACCAGCCAAUUCACUUGGCUGGACAAAGCAGCAAUUGUGCCAAAUGAUUCAAAACCAAGUGAACUUUCACAAUGGGAAAUAUGCACUGUGACACAAGUGGAAGAAGUUAAGAUCCUAAUAAGAAUGCUUCCUAUCAUACUAAGCACCGUCAUCAUGAAUACAUGCUUAGCCCAACUACAAACAUUCUCGCAAGCCCAAGGAGCCACCAUGAACAAAAAACUCGGCAAACUUAACUUCCCAGCAGGCUCGGUUCCUGUAAUUCCCCUUGUAUUCAUGACGGUUCUCCUUCCGGUUUAUGAGUUCUUCUUUGUACCAUUUGCAAGAAAAUUUACCAAACAUCCUCAAGGCAUCACCCAGCUCCAAAGGGUCGGGGUUGGGCUUGUUCUCUCUGCAAUCUCAAUGGGAGUUGCAGGCAUUGUGGAAGUAAAGAGGAGAAACCAAUCAAGAAUCAAUCCAUUUGAGCCCAUUAGCCUCUUUUGGCUCUCUUUUCAGUACGGUAUUUUUGGAAUUGCGGAUAUGUUCUCAUUAGUGGGCUUGCUUGAGUUCUUCUACAAAGAAGCCCCUGUAGGGAUGAGAUCACUCGCCACUUCAUUCACAUGGAUAUCCAUGUCGCUUGGGUACUUUCUGAGUAGUGUUUUGGUGGAUAUUGUGAACUCUGUUACAAAAAGAGUGUCACCAAGCCAAAAAGGAUGGAUUAAUGGGAUUAUGUUGGACAACAACAAUUUGAAUUUGUUUUAUUGGUUGUUGGCUGUGUUGAGCCUGAUAAAUUUCGCAAUUUACUUGCUUUCGGCCUCACUGUACAAGUACAAAAAGGAAGAUGAUGGUUUGUUGAAGACUGAAAUGGCUUCCACAACAACUAGUCUUGCCAUGAUCAGUGCAAGUGAAGAUGAGUUGCCAAAAAGUACAACUCAAGAAGACGUUGCAAAAGAUGAUACAACUGCUGAACCAAAAGUGGAUGUUAAAGAUGAAAAAGAACAUGAAGCUCAUUCCACGAACAUAAAAGCAGACUCUUGA